UGUAUUCCGUAGUUUGUGACAGAGUUUGGAUCAACUAUCCACGUAAACAUGGCUGAUGAUAGCAACAUUGCCGUGGAAGAUGAGAACAUUUUGUAUGAUUUACUGAUAAAUACGGAAUGGCCACCCGAGACCGACACUCAGUUGCGAGGCAACAAGGAGCACAGUUCAUCUGUUAUUGCCAAGGCUGUGACAGGACCUUUUAGGUUCAUCCUGCAUUACCUGUGGUACAGUCCUUCUAGCUCCUCUCUACCUCCUGGCCUGGUCCGACUGGCCAACAAGCAGAUCAACUGGCAACUGGUGCUAGCAAGUAAUGGGAAGUUGCUGGCUGUGGUUCAGGACCAGUGUGUGGAGAUCAGGUCUGCGAGGGAUGACUUUGGCUCUGUCAUUGGGAAGUGUCAGGUGCCGAAGGACCCCAGUCCCCAGUGGCGGAGGGUGGUGUGGUCCCAUGACUGUGCCCUGCUGGCGUACGCUGACAGUACCGGUACCGUGCGCGUCUUCGACCUCAUGGGCAGUGAACUGUUCGUCAUCCCCCCGAUGGCCAGUUUCCCGGGUGAUUUCAGCUACGCCGCAGCAGGCCUGAUCUUCCUGGAGUACACGGCCAGUGCUCAGUGGUCCGCUGAGCUGCUCGUCAUCACAUACGGGGGUGGGCUCAAGAGCUACCUCGUCAGUGUCGGGACCAAUCAGAGCUUCCAAGAGAACCACAGCUUCAGUUUCUCCACCCACUACUCUCACGGCAUCACCACGGCGAUAUACCACCCUGGGCACCGGUUGCUGCUGGUGGGGGGUUGUGAGUCGGGUGUUGAUGAUGCGUCCAGGGCAACCCGGUGUGGCCUCACAGCCUGGAGAGCUCUGUCUGGGUCGCCCCAUUACAAACAGGUCACCAGCUACGAGGACGACACCAGCACUAACCAGAAGAAAGGUUUCUUCACCGUCCCCAGCUUCAGACUCUUCUCGAGACACAACAAUGAACAGGACGGUGUGUUUCGUUUGAGUCUGUCGCCCGACGGGACGCUCCUGGCCGUCAUCCAUUUCUCUGGACGUCUGUCUGUAUGGGACCUCCCCUCUCUCAGACAGACAGUCUCCUGGGAUCAACAACUACAGCCAGGAUUUGAGGAGAUCAACCCAGAAUGGAAGACUUCUCUGGAGAAGAGGAAGAAGAUUAAAGACAAGGAGCAGUACUACUCUCUGUGUGAGGUGGCCUGGUGGUCAGACUGCGUGCUGAUCUUGGCCCGGUGUUCUGGUUCUCUGACCGUGUCCUCUGUUAGAACCCUUCAGAACCUCCUGGGAAAGAGCUGUGAGUGGUUCCAGCCAUCGCCACGGGUUACCACAGCCCACGACGGGGGCUUCCUCAGUCUGGAGUGUGAAGUGCGUCUGGCACAGAAGAGAGGUCGUCUGGACAGUAACAUGGGGGGUGUGGCUUCUGAGGAUGAGGAGGGUGAGGAAGGAGACUCUGACUCUGAUGAAGAGUCGUCAGCCAAGGCCCGUUACUCCGGUUACGUGAAGCAGGGGCUCUACUACGUCACCGAGAUGGAACGAUUCGCGCCGCCACGGAAACGUCCCCGCACCGUCGUCAAGAGUUACCGUCUGGUCAGCCUACGCUCCACCACACCUGAAGAGCUGUACCAAAGGAAGAUAGAUAAUGAGGAGUAUGGGGAGGCCCUUUCCCUGGCCCAGGCAUACGGCCUAGACUCAGACCUGGUCUACCAGAGACAGUGGAGGAAGAGCACUGUCAGCAUCGCCUCCAUACAGGACUACCUGAGUAAGAUCCAUAAAAGGUCGUGGGUGCUCCAUGAGUGUGUUGAACGUGUCCCAGAGAACGUGGACGCUGCUAAGGAGCUGUUGCAGUACGGCCUGAAGGGGACAGACCUGGAGGCACUCAUCGCUAUCGGCAACCGAGAGGACGGUGGCAGGUUCAUCCUAUCAGGUGACCUUGAUGUUGAUGACGCUCCGUACGAGGACUUCCUGUCUGCAGAAAAAGAGAUGGAGUUAAAGAGAGAGAAGGAGAGCCGGAAGAGACAGGAGCUCCUGGCCAGGGUCGACUUCAGCAGGUUGACCCUGGAGCAGAAGGAGUUGUGUCGGAGCAGACUGAAGCUGCUGUGUUACCUGGACCGCCUGGCCACCUACGAGGAUAUAUUAGGUGGUCCCGAUGCUGCAGAACAGAGAUAUGACUCGGAGUUCUUUAAGAAGUUCCGGAACCAGAAUAUAAUUCUGUCAGCCAGAACCUACGCCAGGUGUGGAUGAGAGAGGCGAUUUGGGGGUGAUCCCCUGGGAUGAACAGAGACACAGGGAGAUGGACUGGUGUGAAGAGGACCAGUGCAGGACGGUAUUGGAUCAAAACCUCCAGGACCAUGCCCACUUCCUGUAUGAGGACGCUCCUGAUUGGCUGCGGUUCCGUACGGCCACGCCCCCCAUGGACCUGUUGACUGACUGGUACCUGAGCCGUGCCCAGGACAUCGACUCCUGUUCUAGACAGGUGGACUGUGCACUGUCAUUGGUGCGUCUCGGGAAGGAGCGGGAUAUCCCGGGGUUGGAGCGGCUGUGUGAUGACCUGGUAACCAUGGAGACGUUGGUGUACGAGACGGCGUGCGAGCUCAGCCUGACACUAAGAGACUUGCAGCAGCUCGGUGACAUCGACAAGCUCCGCCUCCUCAUGAAGAAUUCCAGUGCAGAGCGCUAUGUUAAAGAUGUGUUCCAGUGGAUGGUUCCUUUCCUGCAUCGCUGUGAGAAGCAGAGCGGGGGCGCUAGCGAGGCCCUGCUGAGAGAAUAUCUGGUGACCCUCUCUCAGCAAGACCUGUCUCUACCCCUGGCUGUCUUCCAACACUCCAGACCUGACAGCCAGCAGAAGGUGCUUGGGGACCCAGAUCAGCUGAUGACUGUGGCGUUGGAGUGUAUCUACAGCUGUGAGAGAGACGAUCAGCUGUCCCUCUGCUACGACAUCCUGGAGUGUCUCCCUCAGAGAGGCUACGGGCCGGAGACUAACAUCACCGCAUCUCUCCACGAUCAGGUGGACAAACUGGAAAAACACCUCAGUGUGGUAGAGGUGUUGGAGAAGCAUGGUCUUCAGAAGCCUGUUUCCUAUGUGAGGAGCAGCCAGACCAGUACAGAGGAGGCUCAUGCUCUCAUGGUCAAACUCUGCAGACACACCGGGCGCAGGACCCCCCCUGUCAGUGAGUCUGUGUGGAGAGGUGUUCUACAGGACCUACUGGACAUGCAGCACAGCGUCUACACCUGUCUCCUACCUGACACCUGUCACCAGAUAUUUGUGGAGUCAUUGCUGUGCAGUAGCCGCCCGGAGAACGUAGUCCUGGCCGGUCAGCUGAUACACUGUUCAGCGGUCAGCCAUGAUGUGGUUCCGGUCAGCGUGUCAUUCCGAGACCGGGGUCGCGGCGGGUUGAGCGCUAAGGUCAACUACCACACAGCCGUAGAGCUGGUUCUGGCUGCUGCCAGGGAAUAUUUCAACUCGUCCACCACCCUCACCGACCCUUGUAUAGAACUGGCACGGGAAUGUCUGAAGCUGAUCACAGACUGUCCACCUGCAGUUCAGGAGGAGAUGGAUAUCAUCAGCUCCCUCUCUGUGCUGGAGUCCUUCAAUGUCAAUAUACUACCACUACAAGUGCGUCUUCGUGUGGAGCGGUUGUCUAUAAUUGAGCAGUGUAUUUCCCAGUGUUCUAAGGCCUACACACAAUCAGCCCUGCUUCUGGACCUGGCCUCACUGCUCAGAGUCGCAGGUGGUGAUGAGUGGAGGUGUAAGGGUCAGGUGUUCUCUCUACUAGCUCAACAGGCUCUUCAGGCGCUGGACUACAAGACCUCCUACAUACACUGUCAGGACCUCAUGGCCUCAGGUUAUGGUGAUGGCUGGGAAGUGUGUAGCCUGCUUGGACAGUGUGAGGGGUACAUGGACCUCAGGGCUCGCCAGGAGCUGCUGGCCUUCUCUUUGACAUACUGCCCCCCCGCCAGCAUCCACCCCCUCCUGGCUGCCUCUAGUGACCUACAGACACAGGUGUUGUACCAGGCAGUGAACUAUCAGAUGUCCGCUGGUCCUCCCAGCUCUGUUUCACCACUGGGUGGCGCUGCAGGAGACCUACUCCAUCGUACCACCAAUAGAACCAUAGAGGUCCUGGCCAGUACUGGCCUGACCACUAAGGCUGUUCUGACUGCCGUCAGCGACCACAGCUGGUGGAAGAACCAGCUCAACUACCUCCGACCACUGCAUGGUCGGAGUGGAGGCUCCAAGGCUGUAGGAAGAGAGGAGAACAGUGGUCUGGAGAGACAGGGUGUUAACCCCUUCUACCAGGGACUUUUUGAUGAUCCAUAUGUAGACCAGAGUGAAGAUGUGUAUGGGUCGUAUGAUGCCGUACCUCAGGAGCAGUUUGCUGAGGUUCUACUGCGGACUGGGAAGCUGGCUGAGACCAAGACAGAGGGACAGACUCUGUUCCCUGCUACAGAGGUACUGCUGCAGCUGGCCAGUGACGCCUUUCCCAGAGACAUGACCCUGGCUCUGGCCUAUCUCCUGGCUCUGCCGCAGGUCCUGGAUGCUAACAGGUGUUUUGAGACGCAGUCCCACUCGGCCCUGUCCCUGCAGCUAGCAGCCUACUACUAUAGUCUACAGAUCUACAACCACCUGGUCCCAUGCCUCAAGGCCAACACACACACUCUCUACAGGGCCGACCCCAAGGAGCUGAUCCGAUUGGUCACCCAGCACGUGACGGCCCAUUCUGAUUGGCCAGCGGACGUGGAGGAGUUGAUUGGCCAGCUCCAGGUGUAUAACGAGCGUCUGACAGACCUGACGCAGGCCCAGGUGUUGCAGGGGCUGGGACGUGGGGUCGACAUAAGACGAUUCAGUUCCGACACACACUACAAGAAACAGACCAUUCUGGGUCUGACUGAGACCCUGGAUGACAGCGUGUGGAGGAUCAGUCUGUCUCUAGCCCAGCGCUACAGCAUUCCCCUCUGGGACAUCUAUAUGACUCACCUGGAAUUCCUCUUCACUGACAGCGGUCUCUCUACCAAGGACAUCGAGGGUCGUGUGGACACCUUGGCUCUAUUUGACUCUCUGAAGUCAGAACCUGAGUCUUUCCACAGUCACAUGUCUAAAUAUGUGUUGACCUCCGUGGAAGGGACAGACCUGCCCAGGCUGUUGUAUUACUAUACCCUGUUGGAGGAGUGUUGUGGAUCGUACUGCUCUUCUGUCAUCACCCCUGACACUCACAUCAAACUGCUCAAGAAGCUCCGCUCCGUCACUACCGGGCUGGACUACCGUAAGAUGACAGAUGAGGUGUCGGAUCCCCUGGCCGCUCUGGAACCCGUUCUAACCAGUCAGAAUGUCCUGUCCAUCUCCAAACUGGCCAAUCGGCUCCCUCGCCCAGGAGGGGGUGUGGUUUCUGCUAGCGCAGUGCACGCAACCUGGCUAAGGAAGCUGUUCUGGAGGGGAGACCCACAGGUUUUAAAGAGACCCCCCCAGACAGAGCAGGACUACCUUCACGCCUAUGACACCUGUGCAAAAUACUUGGACAGACUGCUUCCUGCUGAUGCUGUCCACUUCCUGGAUGACAUAACGUUCUCUCCACUAGCAGUCAAUCAGGUGAGGAUGGUGGCCGUGGAGAAUGUAGUCUCUGCCCUCAGUGGAGACGAGGAGGUGGUGAAUGAUUACCCAGAACCCCUUAUGGUGUUGGAGGGGAUGGUCACUGCAGUGCACAACCAUGUCCAGAGCGGUGACUCUGUGGUCAGUUCUGAUGACCUGUUGGCGUGGUUACGACCGUUCUGCAGCGAUGGCUCUCGUGCGGUGCGACCACGUAUCGAGGUGCUGCAGAUUCUGGAGAAUAACUUCAGUCUGAGGGACAGUGACGUUCAUCUGCUGCUACUCUACAGGACCCAAGCUGUACUGAAGGACUUACAGGUGGAGAUGGAUGACAUAGACAAUGAGGAGAAGAGGUAUCGUCUCUUCCUCCAGCUGCUAGGUGACAGCAGGAAGUGGGAGGAGUUUCAGCAGCUGAUGCUCCUCCUCCAGGCGUGGCCACCUAUGAUGAAAGAGGAAGUUGCUCAGUGUGAGCGUAACCCCUGGGUGGUGUUGACCUCUACCUUAAUAGAAUGCUGCAGAGGUCACGGGUCAGAGGUCAGACUGGACCUGGGUCAGGAGAUCAUGAACAUGGUCCGCUCCCUCUACCCCUCCAAACACAAACUACCUGCACAGUGUAUAAGACACAUGUCCUCUCUGCUCCUGGAUCAACCAGGCCUACGGCUCCCAGCUCUUAAACUGAUGACCGAGAGUCAAGACCCCCAGCUGUUAGAGCUGGUCCUGGAUCAGAUCAACAACACCACCGAGGUGUGUGACUCUACCUGCGACCCAGAGCUCCUGUCUCUCUUGCUGGAUGCUGGUCUCCUGGUGGGGUGUGUACCGUCCCCCCUCUACCCUCCUCUCAGCGCCCACCUGCUCUCCAGACACCGGGAGGGAGGUUGGGACGUGGAGAAGGCUGCGUCAGAGCUGCUCCAGGCUGGGUACCGAGCUCAGGCCGGCUCCCUGCUUCUGGUCUACCGUGGAACUCACCCGGGCCUCAGCACGUUUAAUACAGCACUCACUGUCAUUAAGAAGUGGCUCUGAGGUACUGGAGAGGAAGCCGGACAGACGCUCUUAUUGACUCUAGAUCGUUUAGCCGCUGUCAUUGUGUUUCCUUAAUGUUAUCUCUAUUCAUUACUAGAAAACAAAUUGUCCCUGAAAACCCCGUACACUGAGUGGCUGGGUGUUGUCGCACGCACACCAGCUCUCUCUCACUAGCACUGUAAUUGGCUAAUAGGAUGUUGUUGUUUCAUGUCAUUAAGUGGAAGCAUCGUUCUGUUGUUUUUACGAUUGGCUGUCCAGUGUUCUGAUAAACUUUGACCUGAAAUAUAACACAAAUAAAGAAUUAAAACCAUAUUAAUCCAAUUAAAUACUAAUUGUUGUCCUACAAUUGAUUAA